GCGAAAAGUCAGUGUGGCCAGAAAAAAAACACUUGCGCGGAAGCAGCGGAGACAAGUAAGCACGAAACAAUGGCGGAUUCAUCUGAGUCAUAUCACAUGGCGACCAGCCCCAGCCGUGGUUCCAGGCGGGGAGACCUGACCUCCAGCCCCGGGAGAGACCUGCCCCCCUUCGAGGACGAGUCCGAGGGGCUCCUGGGUGAUGGUCCUCUGCCGGGGGAGGAGGAGGAGGGAGAUGGGGAGGAACUGAUCGGAGAUGCGAUGGAGAGGGACUACCGAGCCAUCCCUGAGCUGGACAGGUAUGAGGAGGAGGGUCUGGAUCUUGAUGAGGAGCUGUCAGAGCUGUCUCCUGGAGCCAGGGCUGCAGCUGAGGACGCCAUGAGGAGAAGAGACAGGGAGCAGGGAGGCAGGCUGAGGAGAGGUCUGCUGUAUGACAGUGAGGAUGAGGAUGAGCGCCCUGCCCGGAGGCGUCGCCUGGCUGAGCGGGCUGCAGAGGGGACCGGGGUGGAAGGAGAGGACGAAGAGAUGAUCGAGAGCAUCGAGAACCUGGAAGACAUGAAGGGUCACUCAGUCAGGGAAUGGGUGGUCAUGGCCGCUCCGCGUCUGGAGAUCUACCACCGCUUCAAGAACUUCCUGCGCACCCACGUGGAUGAGAACGGACACAACGUGUUCAAGGAGAAGAUCAGCGACAUGUGUAAAGAGAACAAGGAGAGUCUGGUGGUGAACUACGAGGACCUAGCAGCCAGGGAGCAUGUCCUGGCCUACUUCCUGCCUGAGGCCCCUACUGAGAUGUUGAAGAUAUUUGACGAGGCAGCCAAGGAGGUGGUCCUGGCCAUGUACCCCAAAUACGACCGCAUCGCCCACGAGAUCCACGUCAGGAUCUGCAACCUGCCCCUGGUCGAAGAGCUGAGAUCCCUCAGACAACUCCACCUGAACCAGUUGAUCCGUACCAGUGGAGUGGUGACCUGCUGUACAGGUGUUCUACCCCAGCUGGGCAUGGUCAAGUACAACUGUAACAAGUGUAACUUCAUCAUGGGGCCCUUCUUCCAGUCCCAGAACCAGGAAGUGAAGCCAGGGUCUUGCCCAGAGUGCCAGUCCUUCGGCCCCUUUGACAUCAAUAUGGAGUUGACUGUGUACCAGAACUACCAGCGAAUCACCAUCCAGGAGAGCCCUGGGAAGAUCGCCGCUGGCCGCCUCCCACGCUCCAAAGAUGCCAUCCUGUUGGCUGACCUGGUGGACCAAUGCAAACCUGGAGACGAAAUAGAACUGACGGGCAUCUACAACAACAACUAUGACGGCUCUCUGAACAUGGCCAACGGCUUCCCAGUGUUUGCUACGGUCAUCAUGGCCAAUCAUAUCGCUCGUAGAGACAACAAAGUGGCCGUGGCCGAGCUCACUGACGAGGACAUCAAGGCCAUCGUGGCGCUGUCCAAGGACGAGCGCAUCGGAGAGAGGAUCUUUGCCAGUAUCGGCCCCUCCAUCUACGGCCAUGAGGACAUCAAGAGAGGCCUGGCUCUGGCUCUGUUUGGUGGAGAGCCCAAGAACCCAGGUGGGAAGCACAAGGUACGUGGGGACCUCAACGUGCUCUUGUGCGGUGACCCCGGUACGGCCAAGUCCCAGUUCCUGAAGUACGUGGAGAAGGUGGCCAGCAGAGCGGUGUUCACCACAGGCCAGGGAGCUUCCGCUGUGGGCCUGACCGCCUACGUACAGAGACACCCGGUCACCAGGGAGUGGACCCUGGAGGCUGGAGCUCUGGUGUUAGCGGACAGAGGGGUCUGUCUCAUCGACGAGUUUGAUAAGAUGAACGACGCAGACAGGACCAGUAUCCACGAAGCCAUGGAACAGCAGAGCAUCUCCAUCUCCAAGGCUGGCAUCGUCACCUCGCUCCAGGCACGCUGCACUGUCAUCGCUGCUGCCAACCCUAUUGGUGGUCGCUACGACCCGUCUCUGACCUUCUCUGAGAACGUGGAUCUGACCGAGCCCAUCGUGUCUCGUUUUGACGUCCUGUGUGUCGUCAGAGAUACUGUGGACCCAGUGCAGGAUGAGAUGCUGGCUCGUUUCGUGGUGGGCAGCCACAUCAAGCACCACCCCAGCAACAAGGAGGGUGGCGUGGCUGGCUUGGAGGAGGUGGUUCUGCCCAACACCACAGACGUGCCUCCUAUCCCCCAGGAGCUGCUGAGGAAAUACAUCAUGUACUCCAAGGAAAGGGUCCGGCCCAAACUCAACCAGAUGGACCAGGAUAAGGUGGCUCGCAUCUACAGCGACCUGCGCAAGGAGUCCAUGGCGACAGGCAGCAUCCCCAUCACGGUGCGUCACAUCGAGUCUAUGAUCCGCAUGGCGGAGGCCCACGCCAGGAUGCACCUCCGAGACUACGUGGUGGAGGAUGACGUCAACAUGGCCAUCAGAGUCAUGCUGGAGAGCUUCAUCGACACGCAGAAGUUCAGCGUCAUGAGGAGCAUGAGGAAGACGUUUGCCCGUUACCUGGCGUUCAGAAAAGACAACAAUGAGUUGCUGCUGUUCGUCCUGAAGCAGCUGGUGUCAGAGCAGGUGGCGUAUCAGAGGAACCGAUACGGAGCCCAGCAGGACACCAUCGAGAUCCCAGAGAAAGACCUGGUGGACAAGGCCAGACAGAUCAGCAUCCACAACCUGUCAGCGUUCUAUGACAGCGAGGCGUUCCGAUCCAACAGGUUCUCUCACGACAUGAAGAAGAAGUUGAUCCUGCAGCAGUUCUAAAACGUGUUGUUGCCGGGGAAAAAAGACUAGCCUCUGGCUUGUGUUCUAAAUGCACCCCUAUCCCCUAUGUAGUGCACUACUUUUGAUCAGGGCUCAUAGAGUGCCAUUUUUGACAUAGCCUGUCUGGAUGUGUAAAUAAUUGUAAAUGUUUGUCACCCUGUUGGAGAAAAGGAAGAAUCCUAAUAUGGACUAAAUUGGCCAAUUUUGUUAUCAAUGUUAGUCUCUCGGUUAAUGUACAAGUUAUGUGUACAUAGCCUAUACCUUCAUUCUAAACAUUUCUACUUUUGCAUCUUGGAACACAACUUGUGGUGUUAUAAAAAUCAAGUGUUUUUGUAAUGGACUUUUUGAUGUUUAGCUGUAAACUGUGUUAAUGUUUUGUAAGUAAAAAAAAAAAAAACUAGUUGUGGAUAGUCUAACCUGAAAUCACAUUAUCUUCUUGACACUGUAAUAUGGUGUUUUCAUCUGGGCCAAUGAGUUUCUGAUGACCGUCAUGCUUUCCUGUUCUGGUCUGUGACUAGAAUUCUGGGAUAAUGUUUUGAGAAUAAAUGACAUUUUGUA